AUGGCUGAUCAACAAACAAACACUGGUCAGUCAAACUUCACACAAGUUGUUAGCUUGUUGAGACAAGCGGAAUCUUUGCUUUCAAGUGUAUCUAAUAGUGAUAACACAGUAGCUAAUAAUACAAAUGCAUCAUUAAGGCCACCUAACAGUUCAACCGUGACAGAGAAUUCGAAUGUGGAUAGUGUGCCAUCAGUCGCGACAACGUCGACAAGUUCUGAUAGAUCCUUGGCGAACUUUCGCUCGCUUUUUUCCAGUUACAAUCGUGGGUCAUUUCGGCAAAAUUCAUCUCGUGCGUCUUCGGCUCCACCGCCAAAACGAAAACGAACACUUUCUCAGUUUGUACCCAAAGAUACGUGGACCCAUGAAUUCUUUUGUUUGGCUGAUCGCCAUCAAAACUAUCAACCAACUCGAGGACGAAAAUGUGACCUUCAGCUUGCUGGGUUAGGAAGAAAAAAAAGUUUUUAAAAAAGAUGGUAGUGCAUCUGCUUUUGUGGCCAAACUCGAAGAAUAUUUUCCGAAGCUUCAGAAUUGUGGUGGCUUCGAAAUCCUUCGCAGCGGAGCUAGCAAUAAAGAUUUGGUUGUAAUACAUCCACCGCCAUCUGGUUACUCUGUGCCCUUUUUGAGAGAGGCAUCCGGAUUAGGCCAAGCACUGGCAUACAUCAGACCAAUUCAGUCCUCUCUUAAUAUGGAUCAAGUACAACCAAACUCGAGUCAGGUACUCUUAGCAUAAUUUUAUCAUUACAAUUGUUGUUAUCUCAAAUUGUUUACCACAUUGAAUAUUGAUGCCCAACACAGGGUGUUCAAAGUACUGAGUUGCACUGCACCUAGAUGCGCCCUCCUUUGUCACUCUACCUAACAUUGGACAAUCUUACUUGUCAGGGAGAGAGAACUUGGGAACUGAAACCAAUUCCCCUUCCCUGCCCCCCCCCCCUACUUUUUGCCUCAUCACAACAAUUUGUGGGUGUUGAACCCAUUAAAGUGCAAGACUCUCCUCCUGACAGAAAAUUGUCUGGCAUUAGACAGAGCAAGGAAACAAAUAAAGUAGGGUGCAUUUGAUUAAUGGGUUAUAAGACAAAUAAAGGUAAAUGUACUCCACACACCCCUCCCUUGGUGUUAAUUAGACACAUUGUAGUAGACAGAGUAACAUAAUUGAAGUAGGACAAAUUGCCUGUUGGCUUUUUAAGUCCCAGUGUCUAAUAUACUGUAUAAAAAAAUAAAUAGAAAUGAUCUAUAAAAAGGAAAAACAAUGUUGAAUAGCAAGUACCAAAAUAUAGAUGUUUACUAGUAAGAACAAAUGGGGAUUGUAUUAUUAAUAGCCGUUGUAUUUUGAGUAAAUUGCAAUAAUUUAGUCAAAAAUAUAAAUUGUAUUUGAAGGACAUGUUAUCCAACUCAGUGCAAUGCCCCCAGGUCAAGUGCAGACAUUGUCACCAAGAGUUGCCUAUGACAGAAGUUCGCCAACACCAGCAACUGUGUCCAGAAAUUUCAAGCAGUUAUUCACUUGAUGGGUUAGUAUUAUUAAGUUAUAAAAUAGAUGGAGACUGAUCAAGGAGACUGAAGUUUGAAUAUACUGUCGGUGUCUUAUGGCCCACAAAUAGCUAUAUAUAAAUACUGUGGAUACACCAAUAAUACUUGUAUAAUCCAUUUUUCAAUUUUGUUAACUCCUGCUUAAUUUAAACAUGUUUGUUUUCACACAGUUUUUUAAACAUGGAUGAGGACGAGGACGAUGAUUUGGAUGAUUUGGUAAGGAACAGUACUGUAUUUUAUUGGACAGAAGUCAAAGUCAUUUAUAUUAAUAGCUACAGUAUUAUAGGAGGAGACUAUUUCUGAGGUGUAAAAAGCAUUUGACUGAUUACAUUUUGCAUUCCCUUGGUCUCAAUUUACAUUCCCUUGGUCUCAAUUUACACAUGUAAAAAUCUCACAUCUUGUAACAAGUCUGCAAACAAGCCGUCAACAAGAUGUAUUCGCACUGCUUGUCACAAGUUGUCAACAGAUUUGGAACAACUUGUUGACAACUUGUAACAACUUUGUUGAAAUUAUCAGACUUGUUGCAAGGUUGUUCUGACAAGUAUGUUGCAUGCUUGGUAAUUGGUAUAACAAGAUUGUUACAACCUUGUGUUGACAACCUUGUAACAUCCUUGUUAUAUCAUGGUUGUAACAAACUUAAUGUUAGCGCAGUAUUGUAACAAUGCUGAUAAUGCCAUCAAGCUUGUUACAAGUUGUUAACAGCUUGUUCCAAACUUGUUACAACAAACUGGGAAUAAGCAGUGUGAACACAACUUGUUGACAGCUUGUGAACAGACUUGUAACAACUUGUUUGCAGACUUGUUACAAGCUGUGCGUUUUUACGUGUGUACAUGAAUGUCGACAUGUCAACUGUAAAUGCACAUGACCUAAAUACUGAGACAAUGAAACUAUCUACCUGUUUGGUUACCCAUGGUUUCUUUUUGUUAAUUAAAAUCUGUUCACGAUAACCCUCAAUUUGUUCAAAAGCUGUUCACUGUGUAUUGCAGUGUGUGUACCCUGUUGCCGUAUUUCUUCUGAGUUUACAUAUAAGUGCAUCAUUUUUUAAAUAAUUUUAUCUCUAACUAGCCUACAACAGGUAGUGAUGAGGUUGUGAUAGUUGAGGAAGUUGUGGCAGAUGAAGUAGUAAGUUCCAAAAUCCAGAAACUUCCAAUUUAUCAACAUCUAUGGUUGAUCAGCUGCGACCAAUAUUCCCGCAAUUAUCAAACGAUGAAUUAAGAGAGGCAUCAGAACGUUAUUUAUCUGUUGAUGAUGCCAUUGAUGGUCUACUUGAAAAAAUCCCAGGGGGAAAUGGCAAGUAUUUCUCGUUUAUAAUAAGCAAUAUUACAUCCAAGAAAACAGGCACUUCUAUAAAUGAAAAAUUAAUAUUCAAUAAAUGGAAAUUGUAA